AAAUGAUUUGUGUAUGAAAGCGCCUAUCUUCGUCAGGUGAUUUUUUGGUCAAAACUGACUUUUGGGCUUUGGGGGCAAAAGUGACUCAAAAAUAUAGAGAGCAACCAAGAAAAUCAGCUGCUGCAGAAUGUUUCUUCUUUACAAGGAAAGAAUUAAAAAGGAAGAAGAAAAUUAGAAGACAAACAUUCCUUCAGUUCAGUUUGAUCUCAUUCCAUGAAAACCCAAAAUGAAUCCUGAAUCAAAAAAGCAGUUGAAUGUCAUUCUUUUAGGAGUAGCCUUUAUGUUUAUGUUCACAGCUUUCCAAACAUGUGGAAAUGUUGCUCAAACUGUUAUCACAAAUUUAAACGACACAAAUUUCCAUGGCAGUGGCUACACCAGCAUGGCCAUUAUUUAUGGAGUCUUCUCAGCAUCAAAUCUUAUUUCGCCUUCAGUGGUUGCAAUUGCUGGGCCACAGCUCUCUAUGUUUUUUAGUGGCAUCUUUUAUAGCAUAUAUAUUGCCAUUUUUAUUGAGCCGUCUACAUGGAGCUUCUACACAGCCUCUGUUUUCCUUGGGGUAGCAGCUGCUAUAUUGUGGACUGCACAGGGAAACUGUCUGACAAUAAAUUCCAAUGAAAACACAAUUGGCCGAAACAGUGGAAUCUUCUGGGCAUUACUGCAGUCUAGCUUGUUUUUUGGGAAUCUGUACAUAUACUUUGCCUGGCAAGGGAAGACCCAUAUAGCAGCGAAUGACCGCAGGACCGUCUUCAUAGCUCUGACAGUGAUCAGUCUUGUAGGCACUGUUCUGUUCUUUCUCAUUAGGAAUCCACAGGAUCUGAAUACAGAAGAAGGGGAAAUAUCAGGUGGUGCUGAUAACCUUGUAGAACCAACGUCUGACCAAAGUAAAAUGACAAGGGCUGCAGAUGCAUUUAAAAGUUCUAUCAAGCUGUGUUUCACGAAAGAGAUUCUGUUACUUAGCAUCACAACAGCCUACACAGGUCUGGAAUUAACAUUCUUCUCAGGAGUAUAUGGGACCUGUAUAGGUGCUGUAAAUAAAUUCGGUGCUGAAGAAAAAAGCCUGAUUGGGCUCUCUGGUAUUUUUAUUGGCAUUGGAGAAAUAUUAGGUGGAGGACUCUUUGGCCUCUUGAGCAAAAGCCACCAUUUUGGCCGGAACCCAGUGGUGAUGUUUGGCAUCAUCAUCCAUUUUAUAGCCUUCUAUUUGAUAUUCUAUAACAUGCCAAACGAUGCACCCAUUGCCUCCAUGCGGGGAACAGACCACAUAGCAUACAUGGAGCCAAGCAAAGAAGUGGCUAUUUUUUGCAGUUUCUUACUGGGUCUAGGCGACAGCUGUUUCAACACUCAGCUCCUUAGUAUUUUGGGGUACUUGUAUGCAGAAGACAGCGCUCCAGCUUUUGCAAUCUUCAAAUUUAUUCAGUCUAUCUGUGCAGCCGUAGCUUUUUUCUACAGCAACUAUCUGCUUCUUCAGUGGCAGCUCCUGAUCAUGGCUGUAGUCGGGUUCUUUGGGACAAUUUCCUUUUUCACCGUGGAGUGGGAAGCACCAGCCUUUGUUGCCAGGAACAUAGAUUACAGCAGCAUUUAAGGGGAGGCCUUUUCAUCAUUCUGGGACAAUAUUCACAUGCAAGCAUCUGUUUCUUGAAAUGAAUUGAUAGCGUUUGCAAUUACAAAAGCAUGUGCGAAGAAAAUAUUUUCCCACCCUAGUGCAAUGGAGAGCUAUUACAUGGCAUGGAAAAAGUAAGCACCAAAGUUCUGUUCUGAAUCAAUCAGUGCUGAUGUGAAGAUUCAUUUACUACAGUGUGGAGAAAGAAGGACCUGGAAAUCAGGGCGCCGAACCAUUCUUCAUGCCAUUACCAUUUGCUGAGUAUUACAUCUCAGGUUUAUGACCAUUCCUUGUGGAAAUUCUGCCCUUCUAAAAAAAAUUACAUUGCUAUUUUGUUUUUAAUUAUCUGUCUGAAACUUUGCUCCAGCUGUCUAGUAAGAAUUUUUCCUGCGUCUGGGUCUGUGUUUUCCCUACAAACUGUAGCACACACCAAAAUAGGCAUGGAAGUUCCUUUCAUGGAUUUAUGUAGAAAUUGAGACAGGUUCUAAUGUUUUAUUCUGAUUAAUUUACCAGUCCCGUUUUCUCCUGAGACAUUUACUUUACAAGCUGAACUAUCAUCAGGUUUGAAAAAGAGAAUGUAUAUAGAGGAUAAGUAGCGUAAGGGAAUUAAAUACAUUUGCACAAGCUAUUUUGCUAAUUUUAUGUAGUCUAAUCAGAGGCAAAAAAUUAUUAAAGUCUCAAUCCUCUGAGGCUAUUUAUAUUUACUCAGGAUCAACUCAUGAUGAUGAUUGCUGCUAUAAGGCUCUGUAAGAAAUGUAUGCCAAAGAUCCCAUUAUCAUAAUGAAUCUACAAAUAUUUAAAUACCUGGGUGGCUUAACUGAGUUCAGCGUGACUUGUCACAGGCACAAAAUUACUUGGAUGCAUGAAUUCAGCAUAAGGAAAGCGCCAUGCUUCAUUUUAGCUGCAUUCAUUUCUGUUUAUUGAUUAGUAACAACCUCUGGGCAGAGUCUUCUGCUACAUGGACUAGGAUUUGGGCACAGGCAAGUAUUUGCAAUGUCCCUCCCCUUGCACUAGCUCAAAAUUCCCCUAAAAAGCCAUUUCAGGCUGUCAUGGGAGUGGGGAGAUGAGGAAGUUGCACUCUACAAGUGAAAAUCCUCCCACCAAUGAAACACUAGCCUGUAUUCAAGGCAACAAUUGCAGUUUUACCUUAGGGAGGUAUACCCAGAAAGCAGUGGAAACAGAGUUUUGGGGCCACUUUUAAUGUUUUGGAUUUCCUACACAGAAAGCGUGCCCAUAUGAGUUUUCUUAAAAAUUACUCCCUCUGUAUUAAAUGAGGCUUACACCUAAGUAAGUGUGGGUAUGAUUGCUGCCUUAAUGUGUAAAUAUAGGAAAGUGCACGGAAAUCAUGUGAGACAAUCACAAGUCUGUUUAGUUACAUGUAUGUUUACAUUAUGUUAUAAAAAGCAUCGUUCAAGGGUUAUCCGCAACAAAUUAAUGACUGUUGGCUUAUAUUGAUUUUUUUCCAAAUUAUUAUGGGGUAAACAAUGUGAGGAUUGCCUCACUUUUUGUUCCAAGGAAAUAAUUUUCCAUGAGCAUUGUUGGAAGGGAGCAAAGAGCAGUUGUUUCAGACAGAGGGGUAAAAAUGAUAUUUCCAAAUACAGAACCCAGUAUGGAAUUUCUCAUGUGCAAGCCUCAUUGAAAUAAAUCAGCUACUUUCAGUGGGCUUGUGCCAAAGGGAGUGCCGAAAGGAUUGUAUCCAACAUUCAUAAGAUAUUACAAAGCAACUUUAGUGGGGCUGCAUUAAAAAGUUUGUUUAAGGCUUGCAUGUAGAACCUUUUUGGAAGUUUUACUUUUGACGGACUUAUGUAAAAGCAGUUAUAUAAUCAGAAUUGUGUGUCUAUUUUGUAAGAAAAUAAGAAUUUAUUUUUGAA